AUGGUAGACUCGUGUUCAAGUUAUGGUAUUGCUAAAGGCUGCACGUGGAUCCACGUAGUCGUUUCCUUUAAUGGAAGUGAAAUGACACUUUAUGUAAAUAAUGCCAAAGUUGCAGUUAGUCAUAAGCAAAUUGGUCCUAUAUUUCCUUUAGUUAAACAAUCAUGUAAAGCGUUACGACUCGGGGGCGUUGCUGGUACACGACAUACUGUCUGUGAUGACCCAAAAGUCGUUAUCAGUUAUGCCAAUAGCUGGCAAUUAAGGACCAAAAAACAGCUUCGAUACAGGAUAGUCAAUCUGAUGAAUGAUGACGGUUCCCACCCAACAGUUAAGAAUGAACAAAUCCAACGACAACACGAAGCUUUAAACAAUGCAUUUAGAUCAUACAAUAUAAGUUUUCAGUUAGACGUGACAUCCAUUAAAAAUACCUCGCUUAACCAAAAAUUAAUCAUGUUCGGAUGUGAUCCUUUAGACAUUGGAAACGGACAGUGUAAUCCCGAGUGUCAAAACACAAGAACUGGCAAUGAUGGCGGAGACUGUGAUCCCGUGGAUGUGGCGUGUGAUUUGGGGAAAGUUGGAAAUAGCCGAUGUGAUUACGAAUGCAAUCGCCAUAAUCAUCAGUGGGAUGGGGGUGAUUGUUGUAUUCCAGGAAAGAAUAGUACCCAUUAUACAUGCUAUGACCCCUUUUCGUCGUUGAGGGGGUAUAUGAGCAUAAUAGAACUCAAGGAAAUACUUCAGUUUGACAGUACCUCACACUUAAAUAUAUUUUUCGUUGCCUGGACCACAGAUAAAUUAAUUGGUGUUGCCACGUUUCCAUGGGAUAAACACGUUUUCACAAUACAAGGUGGAACGGUUGUACAACCAGAAACAUUUGGCAUUCCUGGCCAGAUGGACAGUCUUGUCCACGAGAUCGGACACAAUCUCGGUUUAUGGCAUGUCCACCAUGGUGUAUCUGAGGUGAAAUGUGGCGAUCCUUGUGAAGAAACUAGUCCAUCAAUGGUGCAUGGAGAUAUGUGUGCCGACACAUUACCUACUCCAAAAAACCAAACUGAAGGUGAACUUUGUUUUGGAUGUGGUGGAGUAAUACAUGAUCGUUACCUUUUGAAAGUAAAUGGUUGUUCAUUUCACGUGGAAUGUUUACGGUGCAGUGUUUGUGAAUGUGUACUGGAACGUCAAUCAUCGUGUUUCAUUAAAGGAGAUAAUAUUUAUUGUCGUGUAGAUUACACAAGAGAAUAUGGCGCCAAGUGUUCCAAAUGCCAGAGACAUAUCCAGCCUAAUGAUUGGGUAAGAAGAGCACGUGAUAAUGUCUACCAUCUCGCUUGUUUUGCUUGUGAUAGUUGUAAAAGACAGUUGUCAACAGGGGAAGAAUUCGCUCUACAAGACAACAGAGUUCUGUGUAAAACUCAUUAUAUUGAAGUUCUAGAAGGCGGACCACAUACAGAUGCUGAUACAAUCCAAAAGCAGAAAGCAAAACGAGUUCGAACUACAUUUUCUGAAGAACAAGUACAAGUACUCCAAGCUAAUUUUAAUAUUGAUAGUAACCCGGAUGGACAGGAUCUUGAGCGUAUUGCUCAAAUAACCGGACUCAGCAAACGUGUCACACAAGUCUGGUUUCAAAAUUCCCGUGCUCGCCAAAAGAAAUACCAGCAACAACAACAGAAGGGUGGUCAUUCUUCCAGUCCUAAAUCUCUUAACAGUUCCAUAAUGGCUGAAAGUCUGAGCCCGGAAUGGUCAAGUGGUGAUGAUUGUAACUCAACGAGUAUGAUGUUCGAAUAAAUAAAACUCCUAUAUAAAGACUAGAAGUGACGUGCCAACAUUUGAAGGAAUGAUAAUAAUAGUGCAUAAAAAGAAUUGUGAUAUUAAAGGAUCUGUUUGUUGUGAAAUUCAAUU